CAUUUUGAAGGGCUGAAGAAGAGGGCCUUAAACCACAUCCCUCCUCCACAUAUUUCACUAGAAGCUGAAACCGUUUGCAGCCCCAAAAUAAGAGUAACUAGCGAAACACAAUCAGUUUCAUCAGAACUGAAUGGACUGAGCCCAUGGAUUUAAUUUAACCCAAUAACCAAAACCCUAUCAAAGCUCUCUCCUUGUCGAGUUGAGACUAAGAAAACCAGAAAGAAAGUGGUAAAAUCAAAAUUGAACCAAGAAGCAAUCAGUCAAAGAAGAAUGGCAGCUGCAAAUGAAAGCAUCACUCUCAAAAGAAACCAAUUAAUAGCAUCAGCUCUUAGCAAGCAUCUUUCUUUACAUUCUGGAACUUCUUUGAGUGAAUGUCGGGGAGAUGAUAUUAAGAGCUUGUAUGUAAACAUUUUGAAGUCAUCAGGAAAAUGGUCACAGCAGAAAGAAAAUGAUGAGGUGAUGAAGUGGAUAGAUUUUGCAGAGAGUUUUCCUGUAGACACUUCGGCAUGCUUCAAUGCUCUCAAUGGAUUAAAUCAACACUUGGCUCUGAAGUCUGUACUCUUAGGCAAUGGAGUGACACCUUCUGAAGCUGAUGUUAUUGUGUUUUCAGUAAUACAUUCUUCAGUGAUCGGACUUUCCCACUCCGAGAAGGAAAAGUUGACACAGGUCAUGAGAUGGAUGGAUUACAUUCAGCACAAGGAAACGUUUGUGGAUCCAGCUGAAAGAAUUUUGCUAGAGAAGCCUGCAUUUGAACCUUUGUUGCAGAGCACAAAAGCUGUAGCUAAGAUAGAGGUGGAUUCAAAUGUAAAAAAGAGUAUGCAGAGCACCAAGAACACAGAAAAACCGGAUGCAGAGCAUAGUAGAAAGAAAAGUGAUGCUGGGAAAAAGGUUACAGAAAAAGAGUCCGUACAAGAGAAGAAGAAACCAGCGCAAACAGAACCUGCUGAAAAAGAGAAAGAAGUAAGUGUUAGUUUGCUGAACAUACAGGUUGGACUUAUUCGUAAAGCAUGGAAGCAUCCAUCUGCUGAUAGUUUAUUGGUUGAGGAGAUAGACGUUGGGGAGGCCAAAUUGAGGCAGGUAGUAAGUGGUUUGGCAAAGUUUUGUACUCCAGAUGAGUUGAUGAAUCGCCAUGUUGUGCUGAUAACAAAUGUAAAACCUGGAAAGCUACGAGAUGUGGCAUCGGAAGGACUGGUCCUAUGUGCUUCUAACGGGGAUCAUUCUGUUGUAGAGCCUUUGCUCCCUCCAGAAGGUGCUAAAAUUGGAGAACGGGUUUCAUUUUCAGGGUUUGAUGGGAAGCCAGAAGAUGUCCUAAAUCCAAAAAAGAAGCAGUUGGAGAAGAUAACGCCGAAUCUUUUCACUGAUGACAAGGGUGUGGCCACAUUUAAGGGAAUACCAUUUAUGACAUCUGGUGGGCCAUGCACAUCAUCCAUUCCAAAGGCAAGCAUCAAAUGAUGACGAUGAUCAAUUGGACCACACAAUACAUUGUAGCUUACCUUUGUACUGGCUCUUAUCUCAGUUUUAAGCUCAAUUUGUUAUCAGGUAGAAGAAGAUAGUCAUAGUUUUUGAAUGAUAAGGUUACAUCAAAAGUUUCAAACCGUUGUAUUCAUUUGUAAUCUGUCUAUAGAGAAUAUCCAUAACUGUGAUUUUGAUCAUCCCCGUGAUUGUUAUACCAAUUUGAGGUCUACAACAAUGGAUGUUAGUGCCUAGUA